GCAACCAGUGUCUCCUGUACCAGCAGAAGCUCCAGAACUUUUACCCACUUGCCUGCUUCUGCAUCUUUGCCCACUGAACAGCCAUGAGAAGGCAGCUCCGGUCCAGAAGGGCUCCGGCCUUUCCUCACAGUUAUCGCUACAGACUUGACGAUCAGGAUGAAGUGAACCAGAACUACUUAGCAGAUGAAGAGGAAGAAGCAGAAGAAGAGGCUCGGGUGAUGUUGGUACCCGAUUUGGAGGAGGAGGAGGAAGAGGAGGGAAAAAAAGAGGAGAAAAAGGAGGAGGAAGAGGGUCAGGGUCAGCCAACAGGCAACACCUGGUGGCGGAAAUUGCAGAUCAUGAACGAAUACCUGUGGGAUCCGGAAAAAAGGAUGUUUCUGGCCCGAACAGGUCAGAGUUGGAGCAUGAUCUUAGUCAUUUACUUCUUCUUCUAUGCCUCCCUGGCUGCUGUGAUCACUCUCUGCAUGUACACGCUAUUUCUGAACAUCAGUCCUUACAUGCCAACCUUCACUGAGAGGGUGAAGCCUCCUGGAGUUAUGAUCAGACCCUUCGCCCAUAGCCUCAACUUCAACUUCAAUGUUUCUGAACCUGACACUUGGCAGCAUUAUGUGAUUAGCCUAAAUGGUUUUCUCCAGGGUUAUAAUGACAGUCUUCAAGAGGAAAUGAAUGUAGAUUGUCCCCCGGGACAGUACUUCAUCCAAGAUGGAAAUGAAGAUGAGGACAAGAAGGCCUGCCAAUUUAAGCGCUCCUUCCUGAAGAAUUGCUCUGGCCUGGAGGACCCUACUUUUGGCUACUCUACUGGACAACCCUGCAUUCUUCUAAAGAUGAACCGGAUUGUAGGCUUUCGUCCUGAGCUUGGAGAUCCUGUGAAGGUUUCCUGCAAAGUUCAGAGAGGUGAUGAAAACGACAUCCGAUCCAUCAAUUACUACCCAGAGUCUGCUUCUUUUGACCUCCGCUACUACCCUUACUACGGCAAACUGACUCACGUUAACUACACCUCCCCGCUGGUGGCAAUGCACUUUACAGAUGUGGUGAAGAACCAAGCAGUGCCUGUGCAGUGCCAACUGAAGGGCAAAGGCAUCAUAAAUGAUGUCAUCAAUGAUCAUUUUGUGGGUAGGGUAAUUUUUACUCUGAACAUAGAAACCUAAGAAUUUCAGAGGACCACACCCACUAGUUCUUGUUUGUGUUUUAUUUUAUGUUACCCCUGGUAGCACCUGAAUUCUUUUUCUUCAAUCAGGACACAGCCAGAUGGACAUCUAAGAGUAGAUCCUCUUUUCCUGCCUUUGACAUAUGUAUAAAAUGACAUUGUGGGAGCUAUUUGAUUUUUUAAAGGUGGUCUCUCCUGAUGACAAAUAGAUUAUAUUAAUUUCCUUUCCUCCACUUAAAAGUAAAACACAUUCUUGCUGCUAGAAGUCUCACUGUAGUGCAAACAUAGCAUAUGAUAAAAGUCACAGUAGCCAUGAAGGAGAAUUUUUAUGAUGAUUUUAAAUUCAUUGUGUUUUCUAAAACUUUGUUGAUUUUACAGGUGAGAUUCCCCUCAACCAGGCUGAUAUCUAAUCUUUUCUUUUUCACCUGCCUGGCAAGGUCCUUACAUGGGAAUCACUGAUCAGAACAACCCAGAGUACAUCUAAGGCCACCAUACCUAGGGAAGUCUGUAUCCAGGGAUGCUUGAAAAACUGGCUGCCUUGCAGAGGCAACUAUAUACUCUUUCAAAGACUAGGGUAUCUUCAACUGAGUCAGAAAGCGGUGCUAACUGGAUAUUGUUCUGAUUAGAGAUGAAGACUUUCCCUGUGACUUUUUUGGGAGAUAGGGCCC